UGACAUCACAGAGAAUAUGUCACCGCCUUAAAGGUGCAGGACUCUAGGAAUUCCGUGGAAUGCAAAACGAGUUCAACAGGAGCAUUUGUUCAUGGAUCAUUUAUUUCACAACUGCGUCACUUUGAAGACGGUCCCUGAAACAGGACGACAGACAUCUGCAAAGACGCCAUCUUGGUUGGCGAUAAUGGAUUCCAGAUCAGAGGAAGAGAAGUACUUCAUUGUCAUGAAGGCGAAGCCCAAGCCAGGGAGCUUUUCCAAGGGCAGCAUAGGCCGCAUAGAGAGUGAGUCCCAGGACGAGGUGCAAGGCCCUGUCUUCGACACCAAGGGCACUCAGAAGCUGAAGAAGGAGAACGUGAGGCUGCUGUCUGCUCUGGAGGCUCAGCUGCUGCUCCGGGUCUCUGCCCCCGGGAAGAGGCUGCAGCUGCUGCAGAGGGCGGAGCUGUUCCGGGCCAUCUGCGGGCUGGCGGAGGGCGACGUGGUGGUGGUUCAGCAGAAGAAGGAGCAGCGGACAGGGGUGGUGAAGGCCGUGGUGGAGCUUGUGAAGCACGAGGCCAGCGGGGAGCUCAGGAUGCGAGUGUUUGAGGUGAAACUUAUGGACCCAGAGAAAAAACAACCUUGCAAGAAGGAAGUCUCUCCUAUUUUGUGCAGCGCAGGAGAUAUUGUCGAUGUCGUAAUUGAUUCUCCACGAAAUGCACUUCUCUGCUUGAAGAACCAACUGGAAGCCUCUAACGUGAAGGAUUACUCGGGGUCUGACUCGGGUUUGAAGUUGCAAGUCAGGGGAGUGCAGGCAGGUAGGAGCCCUCCGAUCACCUCGGACCCUGGCCCAGCGCUGACACCGCACCCCUCGCUGGAGGUGGGCUCCAUGGUGGAGAUUCCAGCCGGAAACGGGGCCAUGGUGUAUGGAGUAGUACGAUGGAUUGGGACCCCUGAAGGCAAGAACCAGCCCUGGGCAGGGGUCGAACUGGAUUAUGAAAUGAAAGGCUGUUCAGACGGCAGAUUUGGGGCUCAGCGGUACUUCACCUGCAAUGGAAACAAAGCCAUGUUUGUCAUCCUGAAGAACUGCUUUCCAGACAGCAGGUUUCUACCCCUACCUCCCUACAAGGAAACUCUGCCACGCUAUGAACCACAUCUAGCAGGUGGUAAAGAGGCUGAUGAAGACAUUCCCCCUUUACGCGAAUCAGAAGUGCUGUCACUGCUGGAAGGCAGGAUGAGAGGCAUUCAGGGACACUUUAACUCCUGCUACCUUGAUGCGUCUCUUUUCAGUGUGUUCACUUCAUCCAUGGCUCUGGAUAGUGUGUUGCACUGUCCUGCUGGCACUGAGGGACACAUCCAGAACAUACUGAGGAAGGAUAUCGUCAACCAGCUGAGGAGACAGGGCUUUGUUCCUGCUGAGAAUGUGAUGAACUUCAGAAAGCUGCUAGGAUGCAGUUCAUUCCUCUGUGAAGAAAAAGACCCAGAGGAGUUCAUCAGUACUCUUCUGCAUCAGGUCCUGUCUGUAGACCCACUGCUGAAGAUCAGGUCGAAUGGUAAGACCCAGGAUUCCUAUACCUUCCAGAUCAUCCUGGAAAAGGAACAGGUGGCGAGCACACCCACUGUGCAGCAGCUGCUCGAGACCUCCUUUCUGGCCUGCGAUCUCAAGUUCCAAGAGAUCCCGUCCUGCUUGAUUAUCCAGAUGCCAAGGUUUGGAAAAAAGUACAAAAUGUUUCCUCAAAUCAUUCCAUCAACAGAGCUGGAUAUUACAGAUCUUAUACAUAACAACCCGCGAGAGUGCUUUCUCUGUGGGAAGCUGGCAGAGCUGGAGUGCUACGAUUGUCUGAGGGACCCCAAGCUCAUGCCUGGGAGGAUCAAGCAGUUUUGCAACCUCUGCGAGAAACAGGUCCACGCUCACCGGCUGCGACAGGACCACAGGCCCCGGGGGAUCUGCUACCCGGCUUGCCUCAGGGAGGGUGACCCAGUGCCGAGGCUGAAGCUGGAGCUCUUUGCUGUGCUGUGCAUCGAGACCAGCCACUACGUGUCCUUCGUAAAGUAUGGGAGCGGCAGGGACUCCUGGCUCUUCUUCGACAGCAUGGCCGACCGCUGUGGAGGUGAAAAUGGCUACAACAUCCCAGAGAUCAGGGCAUGUCCACAAGUGGGUGACUUUCUCUCGCAGCCUGAGGAAGACUGGGCUAAACUCGACCUAUGUUACCUUGAUGAGUUUGUAAAGAGGCUGCUGUGCGACUCAUACAUGUGCUUCUAUCAGUGCCCAGCCCUCUCACUGUACAGAUAGCUGAACCUGCAUAGAGAUCUGAGAGACCUGUUCAGCCCUCUCACUGUACAGAUAGCUGAACAUGCAUAGAGAUCUGAUAGAUCUGUACAGCCCUCUCACUGUACAGAUAGCUG